CCUGCUUCUUCUUCUUCGUUUUUUCUACUUCUUCUUCUUCUUCGUUGAAGAUGGACUCGGAUAAGAGUUCUUGCUGGAGGGUUGUGAUGAGAGAGGACAGAUCCAGAGUGGGUUCUUCUUCCUCUGCCUCGAGCAGAGAGAGAACUCAAACCAAACCCCCUAAAAAUGCUGCAACCUUCGGACAUACAGAACUCGAACCUGACCAAACUCGAACAAUAAGGCGUUGUUGUCGUCCUCUCCUGAGACCCAAACCCACAAAGCGUGAGACUAGAAUCCCCAUGACCUCAACUCGAUCGAUAAUUCUCUGCCAUUUUUCUCAUUCCUCCAAUUCAUGGGCUCCAAAGUUCUUCCUCAGAGAAGAAUCAAAUCCUGAGGCCGAAGAAGAAGCGAAUGCGGAAGCAGAGGUGGCUAAGAGUGUUGAUUUCCUCUGAAUUCUGCUUGCUCCGGUUGAUUUCCUCUGAUGAGCUUGAAUGUAAUACCCUUGAUAUUUCUUAGGCAACUUUUCCAAAGAACGACCAGAAAUGUAAUGAA